AUGGCCAAAGCCUACGACCACCUCUUCAAGUUGCUGCUGAUCGGGGACUCGGGGGUGGGCAAGACUUGUCUGAUCAUUCGCUUUGCAGAGGACAACUUCAACAACACGUACAUCUCCACCAUCGGAAUCGAUUUCAAGAUCCGCACCAUGGAUAUAGAUGGGAAGAAGAUCAAACUGCAAGUCUGGGACACCGCUGGCCAAGAACGAUUCAAGACGAUCACUACUGCCUAUUACCGUGGAGCCAUGGGCAUUAUCCUAGUCUACGACAUCACAGAUGAGAAAUCCUUUGAGAAUAUUCAGAAUUGGAUGAAGAGCAUCAAAGAGAAUGCCUCAGCUGGGGUGGAGCGCCUCCUGCUGGGGAACAAGUGUGACAUGGAGGCCAAGAGGAAGGUGCAGAAGGAGCAGGCCGAGAAGCUGGCUCGGGAGCAUGGAAUCCGGUUUUUCGAGACUAGUGCCAAGUCCAGUAUGAAUGUGGAUGAGGCUUUCAGCUCCCUGGCCCGGGACAUCUUGCUCAAGUCCGGAAGCCGGAGAUCGGGAAGCAAGUCCUCCGGCACUGACCUGAAGACCUCUGACAAGAAGAACAGCAAGUGCUCCCUGAGCUGA